GCUGCCCACAGUACAAAAAAGUAAAAUGCGGCAGUGCCGCUGCCAACUUCAAAAGGAAAUAAGCUGUGCUUCAAUUGACAAUAAUACCCCCCACUCACCUCCCACGCAACACUUUACACACGCGGAAAUUGCCCAAGUGGGCAGUAGACUUCCGUCUUUUCCAUCCUUCCGUUUCAACUUUCAACUUCUUCGUCCUCCGUUCCAUUCAAUUGCAUGCACAAAUUCACCGACCUCAAGCUUCAGUCCAGCAGUCCAAUUCUGAAAGAUUUACGAGUUUCCUCUAAAAUCUCUAAUACUUCUCUAUUCUAUUUCCCUAGGGUUUUUAGAUUUUGGUUUUUUCGGUUUGUUUGUUUUGCUUGGUAAUGGCGAAGUGGAGGGGCAAUCGGCAUCAAGGGAAGAGAUCCUCUUCCGUAGUUUUGGUGCUGUCAAUGCUGUUAAUGCUGACGAUAGUGCUGUUGAUGCUUCUCGGGCUCGGCAUCCUCUCUCUCCCCAUUGGCUCCGAUGAGGAUUACUCGCCGAUCGCCAGUCGCAUCAAAUUGAAGCGCAUGAGAUUAGACGUUAAAAGUGAAGGAGAAGGAUUGGGGAAGAGAGGCGAUCAAUGGACAGAGAUUCUUUCUUGGGAGCCUAGAGCUUUCCUCUAUCAUAAUUUUUUGUCUAAGGAAGAAUGUGAGUAUAUGAUAAAUCUCGCCAAACCUCACAUGACAAAGUCGACUGUUGUUGAUAGCAAAACUGGCAAGAGCAAAGAUAGCAGGGUGCGGACAAGUUCUGGAAUGUUCUUGAGGAGAGGACGAGAUAAAGUCAUCAGAGAUAUCGAAAAAAGAAUAGCUGAUUUCACAUUUAUACCUGUAGAGCAUGGAGAGGGUCUGCAAGUUCUUCACUAUGAAGUGGGGCAGAAAUAUGAGCCUCAUUUUGACUAUUUUCUUGAUGAAUUCAACACUAGAAAUGGGGGGCAACGCGUAGCUACUGUUCUUAUGUAUUUGUCAGAUGUUGAAGAGGGUGGUGAGACGGUUUUUCCAGCUGCCAGGGGAAAUUAUAGCUCUCUGCCUGGGUGGAAUGAGAGGUCAGAAUGUGCUAAAAGAGGCCUUUCCUUAAAACCAAAAAUGGGUGAUGCACUGCUUUUCUGGAGCAUGCACCCUGAUGCGACUCUAGACCCAUCAAGCUUGCACGGAAGUUGCCCUGUUAUCAGAGGGAAUAAGUGGUCCUCUACCAAAUGGAUGCAUGUUGGUGAAUACAACGUAUAGGCUCUAAGGUAGAAUCAUGAGCUGUCAAGCAGUCUUAAUUUUUGUGCUUUUCUUUGUGUGGCAAUUAUUUUCAUCCAUUUCCAAAUGGCUUUCCGGCAACUUGAAGUCACACCUAUUCUUCAACCUCUCUGCUUUCCCUUUCAUACCUGAAAUUAACUGCAAUUGAGCUUAAUCCUGUAUGCAAGCAACGCCAGUGCAACUGAUUGUUGGAAAAAAAGUAUGAAACUCUUGCAGGAUAUGAAAGAUAAGGAGGGAUGCUUCCUCAAACAAUCAUGCAACUUCCUCUACACCCGUUCUGUUGCUUUAAAUUUGAGAUUGAAACUUACAUGUUUCUAACUAGAACUGGGUGUUUCACUUGUAAACAUAAAAGUUUAACAUAGCUCCCAUACCCAGCUUCAUCACAUUUUAUCUUACUUUCAGCCUAGGUAGAGCACAGAGGAGAGAUGAGCUUGCGACUCUAGCAUACAUUAUCAGCUAGAAACUUUGUACAUUCUUUUGUAGAUCAUUAAGGUCUCUUGAGAUGUGUUACUAUUGUAUUAUAUUCCAUCAUUCUUCUCAAUCAAAAUCACUUUAUGGCCUGAUUUAA